AUGGAGCCGAUAAAGAGAAUAAUUCAUUCCAACAGGCAAGUGGCAAUCAUUAUUUUGGUGGUGUUUAUAGCUCAGACUCUCUCAGAGCCUAUUCAUUAUUUUGUACUGGAAGAAACAGAAAGUGGGUCCUUUAUAGCCCAUCUAACCAAGGACCUGGGUCUGGGAAUCGGGGAAUUGGCAGCCCGCUCAGCACGGGUGGUGUCUGACGAUGACAAGCUGAAUUUGCAACUAGAUUAUCAGACUGGAAAUUUGCUUUUGAGAGAGAAACUAGACCGGGAAGAGCUAUGUGGUGACAUUGAACCAUGUGUUCUGCAUUUCCAAAUAUUCCUGGAAACACCAGUGCAGUUUUUUGAAGGAGAAUUAACAGUUCAGGAUGUAAAUGACCACUCCCCAGUAUUCCCAAUGAGGGAAAUGCUUUUGAAAAUACCAGAAAACAGCCAGCCAGGCACUCUGUUUCCUCUGAAAUCAGCUCAAGAUUUGGAUGUGGGCAGCAAUGGUCUCCAAAAAUACACCAUCAGCCCCAAUUCUCAUUUUCAUGUUGUCACAAGAAAUCAUAGUGAGGGGAAGAAGGAACCAGAAUUGCUGCAGGACAAAAUGCUGGACCGAGAGAAGCAACCCGAGUUCAGCUUAACUCUCAUGGCAUUGGAUGGCGGGUCUCCACCUAGAACAGGCACAGUUGCUGUUCGAGUCCUGAUCUUGGAUGUUAAUGACAAUGCUCCAGAGUUUGUGCAUAGUCCCUAUGAGGUUCAAGUCUUGGAGAAUAAUCCCUUGGAUUCCUUAAUUCUUACAACUUUUGCUCAGGAUAUAGAUGCUGGAAUCUUUGGGAGUGUUACCUAUGGUUUUUUCCAAGCUUCAGGUGAAAUCAAUCAAACAUUCUCAAUAAAUGAAAUCACAGGAGAAAUACGGCAGAUAAAGAAAUUGGAUUUUGAAAAAAUAAAAUCUUACCAUAUGGAAAUUGAGGCUACUGAUGGAGGAGGUCUUUCUGGUAAAGGCACUGUCAUCAUAGAAGUAGUGGAUGUGAAUGACAAUGCCCCUGAAUUGAUCAUAUCGUCCCUCACAAACUCAAUUCCAGAAAAUGCUCCAGAGACUGUAGUCUCCAUCUUCCGGGUCCGAGACAGAGACUCUGGAGAAAAUGGAAAGGUGAUUUGCUCUAUUCCAGAUAAUCUACCAUUCAUUUUAAAGCCAACCUUCAAGAACUUCUACACGUUGGAUACAGAGACCCCGCUGGACCGAGAGCAGCAGGAGGAGUACAACAUCACCAUCACCGCGACAGACAUGGGCACCCCCAGGCUGGCAACGCAGCACACCAUCAGGGUGCAGGUGUCCGACGUGAACGACAACGCCCCCGCCUUCAGCCAGCCCUCCUACACCCUGCUGGUGGGCGAGAACAACAGCCCCGCGCUGCACAUCGGCAGCGUGAGCGCCACGGACGCGGACGCGGGCAGCAACGCGCAGCUGACCUACUCGCUGCUGCCGGGCCCCGAGCCUUGGCCCCCGCAGCUGCCGCUCGCCUCGCUGGUGUCCAUCAACGCGGACAACGGGCAGCUGUUCGCGCUGCGCUCGCUGGACUUCGAGGCGCUGCGCGCCUUCGAGUUCUUUGUGCGCGCGCAGGACCGCGGCUCGCCCGCGCUGAGCGGCCAGGCGCGGGUGCGCGUGCAGGUGCUGGACCGCAACGACAACGCGCCCUUCGUGCUGUACCCGCUGCAGAACGCGUCGGCGGCGUGCAGCGAGCUGGUGCCCAGGGCGGCCGAGGCGGGCUACCUGGUGAGCAAGGUGGUGGCGGUGGACGGCGACGCGGGCCAGAACGCCUGGCUGUCCUUCCAGCUGCUCAAGGCCACGGAGCCCGGGCUCUUCAGCGUGUGGGCGCACAAUGGCGAGGUGCGCACGGCGCGGCCGCUCAGCGAGCGCGACGCGCCCAAGCACAGGCUGCUGGUGCUGGUCAGGGACAAUGGCGAGCCGCCGCUGUCGGCCAGCGUCACGCUGCACGUGCUGCUGGUGGACGGCUUCUCGCAGCCCUUCCUGCCGCUGCCCGACGCGGCGGCCGGCGCGGCGCCCGACGACCGCCUCACCGUCUACCUGGUGGUGGCCUUGGCGUGCGUGUCGUCGCUCUUCCUCUUCUCGGUGCUGGCCUUCGUGGCCGUGCGCCUGUGCCGGCGGGCCGGGCCGGCGGCGGGGGGCGGCUACCCCUACCCGGGUCUGCCCGACGGGCCCUUUCCGGGACAGCUGCUGGACGCCAGCGGCGCGGGGACCCUGUCCCACAGCUACCAGUAUGAGGUGUGCCUGGCGGGGGGCGCUGGCACCAAUGACUUCAAGUUUCUCAAGCCAGUUCUGCCCAUGUUUCUGCCACAAGCCACUGGCGAUAUCCUAGAGGAAAACCCUACCUUUCAGAAUAGUUAUGGGACUAGUUAGGAAUUUGUCCCUAAUGUGUGAUUUUGCUAUUUUUCAGUGUCAAUAAGUUACAGUAAGAGUAUACAAAGAAAAAUUCCACC